AUGCGGUACCGAGGCCUUGAUAAGUUAGAAUUUUACGUAGAGUACCGUACUGUUGUUUAUAACGAUGUUUCUGUGGAUCAGUUGGUUUUGAGUGAAUCAAGUGGGUCGGAUAAAGGCAGUGAUGAAGAUGAAGAUGAUGAUGAGCAUUUUUAUGGCUGCGAGGAAGAUGUAGAAGAGCAAGAGGAUUGUUUUAACCGUGUGAAUUUGGAUGAUUUUGAUGUGGCACCGGAUUUUGAUGAGAACCUUAUGUGGAAUCCUGGGAUGGAGUUCCAAAUUGGGAUGAUGUUCCGAAAUCGUGAUUCUAUUCAGGCAUGUGCUACUGCUUAUUCUGUGGAAAAUGGAAGGGAGCACAAGAGUCACCGGACAACCAACUACACUAUUGUGCUACUUGUGCCAAAUGCUAACCAUAGAAAUUUCGGGGCACGAGAAAUUGCCAAAUACGUGCGGAGGCAAGUGAUGGAGCAGCGUGGCAUACGCGUUAAUACCCUUACUGCUGGCAUUUGGGAUGAACAUAGAGUGAGGCCUCCAUAUAAAAGAACCUGGUAUGCAAAGGAGAAGGCAAUCGUUUUUGUUUACGGGGACUGGUAUGAAUCGUUCGGAAGUAUUCAUAAGUUAAUGGAGAAUAUGGUUCACGUAAAUCCUGGUUCAUUCUGGCAUGCGGAAAGCGAUGAUGUUUACAUUAAUGGGAUGCUUCAGCCGAAUAUUAGAACGUUCGUUAGAAUGUUUUGGACUUUCUUCCCAAAGGUUGCUGGAUUUCAAUUCUGCAAACUUGUUCUAUUCGUUGAUGGGACCCAUUUGUUUGGGAGAUACAAAAUGACGAUGUUGAUAGCAUCAGCGAUAGAUGGAAACAACCAUAUAACUCCAGUAGCGUUUGCAAUUGUGGAAUCCAAAAGUACUGAAAGUUACGAAUAUUUUCUCGAGCAUUUGCGGGAACAGGUCAUUCUUGGACGGAAGGUUUCCAUUAUUUCUGAUCGCCGUGCUAGCAUUUUAGCAGUUCUGAGGCGUCCUGAAUGGGCUGAUAUUCCGCACAAAUUCUGCAUAAGGCACUUGGCCAGUCAUUUCAAUACUCACUUCAGGGACAAGACGUUGAAAAAUUUGAUGGAGAAAAAAACCAUUUGA